CAAAUACAUGGUUAUUCAUUUAGCACCAAAAUAUCUCUAGAAAAAGCAGUCAUAUUCAUUUACCAGUCAUAUAAGUUUCAUGAAGAGCAAAAAUAAACUUUAUCCCUAAAACACAUAAUAAAACAUUUAGCGUGCCACAGGAAUUAAAAAUAAAAAAUAAGAUGCUCAUUUUAAAGAGUAAUGUAGUUUUUUUAUAGCCUUAAGCAAAUAAUUCUCUGUGUCAGAGAAAAAUAAAGGCAAAAUAAUCCUGUUUAAGUACUUCUGUAUCUCCUUAAAAAGAUGAAAUAUUUAAGUGGGUAAUAAAUUCGAAAAGCUGAGUGAACAACAUGACAAUGACUAUAGCAUAAAUGGACAUAAAAAUCAAACAGACUGUUAUGGUAUUUUAAGAAAUAACACGACUGUACAAUUUUUGGAAAGAAUAUAAAAAGGCAGGAAUUAAAAAUCUUAAUAUCUUAGAAGCUAUCCAAAAGGAAAGUCAAGCUCAUUCUGAACACUUUUCAACAUGUAAAAAGAAUUCAAGCAGAGGCAUUAAACAGAACCACAAAUUCUUAAUGAGGCAAACGUUAAAAUGGAGACUGAAAGCUAAGCAGACAAGCAGAAAGCAGCAAGGGCUGGUUCUAGGGUGUGUGACGUCUUGUACCCUGUAACAGGUCCGGUGCAGGUCAUGCACUUGCAGAGAGCCUGCACCUCUCGCAGUGCAUUGAGUCAGCGCCCAUGACAGCUCUGCAGUCCUCCUCUGUGGUCCUGAUCAGGUGGUUGCAGAGCUCCAGCUCCCAGCAGCACAAUGCAGCUGAGCAGGCACGCACAGCCCACGGCCACAGACGGUGCCGACUCUCCAGAACAACACGACCUCUAAGCUUUACAUUUCCCGGAGAAAAUGAGAUGCUGAUGGUGAAGACGACACUAUGGCUUUGAUGGAAUAUCAGAUAUUGAAAAUGUCUCCCUGCCUGUUCAUCCUUCUGUUUCUCACACCUGGUAUUUUAUGCAUUUGUCCUCUCCAAUGUAAAUGCACAGAGAGGCACAGAUAUGUGGAUUGUUCAGGCAGAAACUUGACUACAUUACCGUCUGGACUGCAAGAGAAUAUUAUUCAUUUAAACCUGUCUCAUAACCACUUCACUGAUCUGCAUAACCAGUUAACGCAGUAUACCAAUCUGAGGACCCUGGACAUUUCAAAUAACAGGCUGGAAAGCCUGCCUGCUCAGUUACCUCGGUCUCUUUGGAAUGUGUCUGCUGCUAACAACAACAUUAAACUUCUUGACAAAUCUGAUACUGCUUAUCAAUGGAAUCUUAAAUAUCUGGAUGUUUCUAAGAACAUGCUGGAGAAGGUUGUCCUCAUUAAAAACACACUUAGAAAUCUUGAGGUUCUCAAUCUCAGUAGUAACAAACUUUGGACAGUUCCAACCAACAUGCCUUCCAAAUUACUUAUUGUGGACCUGUCUAAUAAUUCCUUGACCCAAAUCCUUCCAGGAACAUUAAUAAACCUGACAAAUCUCACACAUCUUUACCUACACAACAAUAAGUUCACGUUCAUUCCAGAGCAGUCUUUUGACCAACUCUUUCAAUUACAAGAGAUAACUCUUCACAAUAACAGGUGGUCAUGUGAUCACAAACAAAACAUGACUUACUUAUUCAAGUGGAUGAUGGAAACAAAGGCCCAUGUAUUAGGGACUCCCUGUUCUAACCAAACAUCAUCGCUGAGGGAGCAGAACAUAUAUCCCACACCUGCUGGAUUUACCUCAAGCUUAUUCACUGUAAGUGGUACACAGACAGGGGACACCAUUAACUCUCUAAGCAUGGUAACUCAGCCCAAGGUGACCAAAAUACCCAAACAAUUUCGAACAAAGGAAACGUUUGGUGUCACACUAAGCAAAGAUAGCGCCUUCACUAGCACUGAUAAGGCCUUGGUGCCCUAUCCAGAAGAUACAGCCACAGGAGCCACCAAUUCCCAUGAAGCAGCAGCUGCGACUCUCACUGUUCAUCUCCAGGAUGGAAUGGUUGCAAACACAAGCCUCACUAGCUCCACAAAAUCCUCCCCAACACCCUUGACCCUAAGUAUCACCAGUGGCAUGCCAAAUAAUUUCUCAGAAAUGCCUCAACAAAGCACAACCCUUAACUUACGGAGGGAAGAAACAACCACAAACGUAAAGACUCACUUACCUUCUGUUGCAAGUGCUUGGGAAGUAAAUACUUCGUUUCUCUUAAUGCUUAAUGCUGUGGUCAUGCUGGCUGGCUGAGGGUCUGCACUUUCUGAUCUAAUGAAAGCACUCCUCUCUGAUGUACAGUCGGGAAAAUAUGCCCCUAUCUAACCAGUGACUCAAGCUAUAUUAACUAUUCAAGAAAGCCAGUCUUACAUUUUGGACUCCGAUGUAAAUGAAGUAACUUGUCUUAAAUAAAAGAAGCGCACAAUGUCUUGGUACUUGCUGCUAUUUUACUGUCUUAAGUAAAACUAAUGAGUUUCUUUUUAAUGAAAUGUUUUCUUUUUAAGGCUUCAAUUUAUUGCACAAUAUACAAAGCAUCUAAACUUUAAUAUGUAUUUUAUGUAUGUUUACACUGUCAAACAUCUGAGAAAAAAAAUAAAAGGUCUAUGCUCA